AUGCCUAAAAGCCUGGAAUUUGUGAGAAAUUUGUUUAUGUCUACGGAUUGUCCCGAUGAAUUCGAAGAGGUUGUCGAAUUUAAGCGGAAAAUUGUCUUUGGUGAGAUAAUUGUCGCAAAAGGUGAUAUCAUACAGUACAAGGGUGAUGAUAAAAAUACGUUAUCGUCGGAAAGUCACGGAAUUAUUGAGAUGACGGACUUGGCUUGCGGCGGACAGUACAGAAUGUGCCGGGUUAACAACCUGACCGAGUACGCUAAAAAGAAAAACUAUCCAGCUAAAUCAUGGGAAGAAAUCAUGGCAAAUGUCUACACUGGUUUAUGGGCUUUCAAGAAUAAUCCCAAUUACAAAUACCACCUACUAUUCAAUAAUUGCGGGCACAUGGUCACAUUCUGGAAAUACGGCGUGGCGUUUAACCCUGAGAGGACAGGUAGUUAUACACAUAGAUAUCUGCCACACAGCGGACAGGUAGUCAUGACACACAUGAGCGAACCGCAUAUACUACGGAUUCAGAAGGACAUCCGCGAGUUUUACAAAGAGUACAGUAAGCAGUUGUACGCCGUGUGCGAGGAGCAGGACAUGUCGCGAGUACACGCCCUUAUACUGGGGCCCACCGGCACGCCCUACGAGCGCGGCUUCUUCUACUUCACGCUACACUACGGCCGCGAUUACCCCACAAAACCCCCGCACGUUAAGCUUCAGACUACCGGCGCCCGUAGAGUGCGCUUCAACCCGAACCUCUACGCCGACGGAAAGGUGUGCCUAUCGAUACUGAACACAUGGGAGGGCCCCCAGUGGUCGCCGGUCACCACCCUAUUCACGACACUACUGUCCAUACAGUCGCUGAUGAACGAGAAGCCCUACCAUAACGAGCCGGGACACGAGGAGCCGAGCACCGGGAGGGCCGGUAGGGGACAGACUAUGGAUCAACGCGUGCGCGACUACAACAACAUCAUAGCCUACGAGACCAUACGGGUAGCCGUUGUCGGCAUGUUAUCCAAGGACUCACCAGACGCUCAAAAUAUGCCGAAAGCGCUCCGGGAUGUCAUGAUAGCAUCGUUUCGCGAUAACUACGGCUACUUCGAGAGCACCGUUAGGUCGCGACUCCUGAUGGACGGUCAGCCCGCCAAAGACCCCUUCAAAGACCGCAAUCGUCCGCCGACUUUCCAAUACAAACAGCUGCUAAAGUCGUUACAGGCGUUGAAAGUGGAGCACCGGGUGGUCGACGGCGCGCCUACAGUUCCCGACAGUCAAAAGCCCUCGACUUCCUCAGAGACAGCACCGGUAGCUGCGAAAGACGACCCGCUCGUGAAGGAGUACUACUCGAUGGCCGAUACUAUGGUGGCAAAGGGCGACCCCCGCCCCCGACAACCGGCCAAACCCGAGGUGUCGGACAUUAUUGCGCUCAUGAAUGACGGUCUCGAAGACGACUCCAUGACUCUCGAGGAAUAUGAAGAGGACAGCUCUGUCGGAGAUGCCGGUGCCGGCGGUCAACAGUCCCCUUAG